ACUGAGAUGAGUGGCGGCGUCCUUGACGGGCCCGACUACAAUGGCCUCAUCACGCUGCAGGACGGGCGCCAUGUGAGCUACGCCCAGGUCGGCGACGCCAAAGGUGUUCCCGUCGUCUGCCUCUUGGGCAUGCGCGGCCAUCGGCACUUCAUCUACCUCUUUAAGGAGCUCGCGCUCCUCUACGGCAUCCGCCUCCUCUGCAUCGACCGGCCGGGCUACGGCCUCUCGGACCCGAUCGCGGAUUCGAGCUUGCCAGCGCCCAUUGCCUUUGUCGACAUUCUCGACCAAGUGCUCGCACAGCUGCACAUCGACCAGUUCGGACUCAUGGCACAGUCGGCCGGCGCGAUUUACGCCUUGGCGAUCGCGAGCCAAAAGGCACUCGCAUCACGCCUCAUCGAGCCGCUCACACUGCUUUCACCAUGGGUCGGUAUCUCGAACCGGUCGUGUCCGCGACUACUCAAGAUGGCGUCGUACUGCCCGACGCGGCUCAUUGCCGCCGGCAUGAAGCUUGUGAACGCGUCGGUCGACCUGAGCAUGGCCUAUGUCGACCCCAACCAGUCGGUCCGCACGCUAGGCCACGGUCUUUUGCUUGCCGACGACAGCGGCCACGAGACCACCGAGGUGAUGCCGCUGAGCAGCUCGCCGCGGCUCCGGUUUGGCGACUUUCGCGCGCGCAUGGACGCCGAGCCCCAUAAUGCGUACCACGACGCGCUGCUGUGUCUCGGGAAGGACCGGAAUGGCUGUGGUUUCGAGCUCUCGGAUGUGACCGUCCGCGUCCACGUGGUCCACGGCGAGAAAGACACGCUCGUCCCGAGGAAAGCCGCGAUCGAAUUUGUGGCUGCGGUUCCGAAUGCAACGCUCGACUUGGUGCCACACGCGACGCAUGCGCUCUUGAUCUUUCAAGAGGAAGUCAUCGCCGAUAUUUUUGCCUCGUUUGCUACCUCGUCGUCGGUGCGGUCUAAUUAAUCUCUUGAAAUGACCCG